AUGGACAUGUUGAACUUCGGCAUUGUCUUCCCGUUGCUGCCUUCCAUUGCCGAAGAGUUCAACGCCAAUGCCAUGCAGGUUGGAAGCUUAGCCACCUUCUUUUCAGUCGCCCAGGUGUUGUUCACACCUAUCCUAGGCUGGGCCUCAGACAAGUACGGCCGUCGCCCAGUGCUGCUGAUUGCCAUUGCAGGCACCACUGCCUCAACGGUGCUCACAGGAUGCGCUUGGAAUUUCGCCAUCAUGUGCGCGGCCCGUGCCAUUAACGGCGCCAGUGGUGGCACUGUGGGCAUCGCCAAUGCCUACAUCGCGGAUGUGACGAAUGCCGUGGAGAAACCCACGUACAUUUCCUACCUCCAAGCUUGCAACUCGGUUGGCAUCAUCAUCGGCCCUGCCCUUGGUGGUUCCUUGGCCCACUUCGGCUUUGCGGUGCCCUGCUACGUCUCAGCCGCACUCAGUGGAUUGAAUCUCAUUGUUGCGAUGUUGUUCCUCAGCGAACCUCGUAGUCAUCGAGAGGUGGGAGCUCCGAGGGAGCUGCUUCUGGUUCCGGAUCACUCUGUACACUGUGGUCUGCUGACCUUUGGGUCCUCCUCCUUCACAUGGCUCCAUGAGGCUUCGGAACCCAUCUUUUGGUUGUUGCUCUUGGGCUUGAUCAUUUUGGAAGGACGGCAGUCCUCGGACACAUUCAGUGAUUGCACUUCGGCUGGGAUUUCUGAUGCCGUGACAAAAGACGUUGGCACGGUUGAUGCACUUGUCCCUGACAUGUCGUCCUGGCUCCGCUACCAGUUUGGAAUCCCCAAACUGGCAGCAGGCGCUGGGGUGCACGACAAUGCAGCUCGAGCUGCUGGUAAUGUGUCCUGGCGACUGCGAAGGUCUACCUUGGCAGCUCGUGCCUCUUCGGUGGACACGGGCUUGGACUACAUCCCUUGGUCCGCGGGGCUCCUCUUUGCAGCGGGAUUCCUCUUUAUGUUGGGUUUUGCCUCCUUUGAGAGCGUCACAGGCUACUACCUGCUGGACGAACUGUUCAAGGGCAAAUAUGCGAACCCAACACAAGCCAGUGGGCAGUUCUAUGGUCUCUUGUUCACAAUUGCUGGGAUCGCCAUGCUCCUCACUGCCCUGCUUGUCUACAAGCCAAUGUUGGGAUGCAUCGGUGAGUUUCCCACCGUGGCCGUGGGCGGCGUGCUGCGCUUCCUGGGCUUCAUCUUCAUGUCCAUGGCGAAGACCCCCGUGACGUUUGCAGCUGCCUGUAUCUGUCAAGUGGUUGGUGGCAAUCUCAUCUCGCCAACCACUUCGUCUCUCCUCACCACCAUUUGUUCCAAGAAGAUCUAUGGACGAGCUCUAGGCUAUCAGCAGUCCUUCCAGUCUGUGGCCCGUAUCUUUGCCCCCACCAUCUUCGGAUAUUUGUACGACCAGUUUGACCAUCGCCUUACCUUUUGGAUCAAUGCUGGCACCACCGUCAUUGCCGUGCCUUUAAUCCUGAUGGUUCCAAGACCUCCAAGCAACAUGGACGUCCAGGAGGUGGAGGAGAACAUCGAGCGUAUGGAACGGCAAAAGUCGGUUCCUGGAGUCCCUCCCUCCCUGGACGGCGCCAACCAUGGCACGUUGAGAAGACAACUCUCAGGUGUGGGUCAAGAUGCAGCUGGAUCGGCCCAGACGCAGAGUCUACAAAGAGUGGUCGAGGGCCAGGACAGUCAAUCUCAGGCAUAG